AUGGAUAUCCAGGACUUUAGCAGCCACGUGAAACUACUACGAGUUAACGCUUGGGCUAGGCGGUUUAUUGACAGAUGCAAGAAGGUAGCCCAAUCGUCCGCACCGUGGAUUACCGCCGAGGAAAUCAAUGCAGCCGAUGAGUACUGGAUAAAGGUUGCUCAACAAGAGAGCUUCCCUCACGAGGUGCAGGAACUGAAACGUGGCUGCGCCAUUCCGAAGGCUUCCAAGAUUGGCAAGUUGCAACCCUACUUGGACAAGUAUGGGAUCAUGAGAUUAAAGGGACGCCUGGAAUUUUCACCAGAAACAGAGACUGUAAAGCACCCAAUAAUUUUAGACAAACGUCAUAGGCUGUCUUACCUGAUCGUUAACAGCGCACAUCGGCGGACCCAGCACGGCGGUGUCCAGGCCACUAUGAACGACGUUCGCGAAAGGUGGUGGGUUACGCAAGCUCGACAACUAACGAAAAGUGUACUCGCAAGGUGCGGUACGUGUCGACGUUUUCGAGCGCAGGCAGCGACGUCUCCGACGGCACCGCUGCCACCGGACCGAGUACAUCAAGGCCACCCCUUCGAAACAGUGGGCAUCGACUUCGCCGGGCCACUGUACGUCUCGAGCAAGAAAAACUCCGACAAAUCGUACGUCGCGUUAUUCACUUGUGCGACGUCAAGGGCAUUGCACUUGGAACUCGGACCUCGGACCUCACCGUAG